CCCCCCCCCACCCGAGAGAGCCUUCCACUACCACCUCCCCCCAGCUCAUCCCCGGGAACAAGAGUCAGGCUCUGCAUACACCAUCAAGCAGCCCCCAGAGCCUCUCUCAGAUCCCGCCUGGUCCCCAUGCUGCUUGUGUCCCUUCUUCUAUCCCUUCUUUCAGGAGACCCUGAAAAAUGCUGCUGCCCCCCUGAAAGUUGCCGUCCUAGGGAAAUGCCUUGUUUGCCUUGUGGUAAAUACGCCCCU